UAUGUAAUACAUCAUUAUCAAAUCUAUCAAUAACAAUCCAAUCAUCCUUCUCACAUAAGUCAGAGUCGUGAUAUAGUUAAGAGAAAAUAUAAAAAUAAAAAUAAAAUCACCAUAGCAUUCACCAUAGUACAUCUACACCGACAACAUCAACAGCCAUGGCGGACUCCAACCCCGACUCCAAGCCCUGGCACAAGAAAAUCGACCUAAUCGACCGCGGCGACCGCUCCCCCACGCCCUGGGGCACCCUGACAUUCGUCGGCCUGCGCCUGCUGGACAUCCCUCUGCAACACGCUCUCCUCGCCCCCGCCGGUCUCGGCAGCGCCCUGCUAGCCCGCGCCGGCAUCCGCGGCGCCGCCACCGCGCCCCCAGCCGUCCUGCGCACCGGGAUCCCCCUCCUCGACGCCCUAGGCCACCCGACCAACGCGCUCCUCUUCGUCUUCGCCUGCGGCUCCGCCGCCAAGCAGAUCUACUGGCAGACCGUGCUCUCGUACGAGUCCUUCCCCGCCGGCGCCGCAUUGGCCGUCGCCUUGUACAACACCGCCAUAAACAGCGCCAACGCGCUCCUGUUCCUCGCCCCCUCCACCUCGUCUCUCUUCUCCCAGCCGCAAAUCACCGUGUCCUUGCCCUUCUUCACCUCCCCCGUCGCCAUCCCCGUCAGCACGCUCCUCGGCCUGUCCAUGUACGCCUUCGGCCUGACCCUCGAGACCGUCGCCGAGGCGCAGCGCAAGGCCUUCAAGGACGCGCCCGAGAACAAGGGCAAGGUGUGCAAGGUCGGCGUGUGGCGCUGGGCCCGCCACGUCAAUUACCUCGGCUACUCGCUCUGGCGCGGCGGGUACACCAUGGUGGCUACCGGCUGGGUCGGCGGGCUCCUUAUGACGGCCUGGCAGAUGUGGGAUCUGAGCUACCGUGCUGCCGGCGUGCUAGACGAGUACUGCUCUAACAAGUAUAAGGAGCAGUGGGCUCAGUUCAAGCGUGAGGUGCCUUACAAGAUCCUCCCGGGAAUAUACUAGAGCGACUGUAUAUCUAGAUAGAUAACCACCUAGGUAGCCGUGUAAAAAUUGGCAUGUAGUGUGUGUGUGU